AUGGAUUAAAAUAUAGGAAUGAAUAGGAAUGUUUAUAAAAUGAAAAUAAAUUCUUAUAUUUCAGCUGUGAUAUUAGAAGAGUUUCAUAUCAAUAAUAAGAAUUAGGAGGAAUCUAGAAGGAAUGUUGAUUAAAAUAUGAUUUAAUAAGUUAUGAAGAAAGAAAAUAUUAGUAUUGUUUUUACAACAAGCCCGUAAGUUGAAUUAGAAUUUAUUCAGAUUCCAAUUAUUUAAGUUCGAGUAAAUUAAAAUGGAACAGUUGAUUCAGACUAAAUAAUUCGUGAUAAUCGUUCGAUUAAUAUCGAAAAGGUAAAGGGGAACAUUCUUUACUUAAUUGAUACAUAUAAUACAAUGAUAAAAUAUGUAAUUUGUCUUCAAUUUAUAGCAAACCUUACAGAAGAUUAUCAUAAUUUAGAUAGUUUUACUUAAGAUUUAAUAAAGUAAUAAAGUGAGUUAAAUGAUUAUACUAAAGAACUUAAAAAAUUAGGAGUAGUAGGUUCUUCAAAUUCAACUCAAGCUCCUUAAUCAGAAAUUAUUGCAAGUUAAUAAACAUACUAAUUACCUUCUCCAAUUAGAAUUCCAUUAUUCAAAUUCAAUUAAAUGUUUAUACAAUGA